AACACACGUUUUAAAUAAAAAAUGUACUGUAUCGAAGGAGCGGGGGUAAGGCAUUCGUGGUGGUUGUUAAGCAUCACGAUGUAUUCAUUUAGAUUAAUUGUAGGAGCGCUCUGUUUUUUAAUUUGAGUCAUUUGUGUGUGAUGGUGCAGAAAGCUCUGUUGCUCGGGGCAACAGCUUGCAUUGGAACCAGGACGUUUGUUCUUUUAAGAGCACAUAAACAGGCUUUUCACUUUGGGUUUGCUGGUCAUCCUUGCUUGGCUGCCUCUCUGUAACAUGAUACCCCUCCCUCUAUGUAUUGACUGUCAGCUGUUUCCAACAAUGGAUCUGCUUCUUGGAAACAGACAGAGCAAACACACCGCAACGGAACAGGUGGUGUUUCAUAGCAUUGAAAUGCAGAAGCGUACAAACGAGAUGACUUCUCAACAAAAGUCUGAGAGAGUAGUAAGGGACGCUGUUACUGGAGCUGCAAGUCACACCCAGUUUCCUGUUUCUGGGGAGAAGGUAUCUGUGCCGGGAGCCACAGCAGGUAAAAGAAAGGAAAAACGGAACAAUCUGGAUGGAACCCAAACAGGAUCUGCUUUGUGUCCAAAGGAAGGACGACAAGUUGUUACCAAAGGGUUUACAAUCAAACCAAUUGUCCCUGCAAAGAAGAGCGAUGUUCUGUCAGUUGCCAAAGCCAUGCACAGAGAGAAAUUUGGAGAGAGAGUGAAAGAACUGUUUGAUCCAGAGAGGGAUGCUGCACUGAAGGCGAUACAAACAGGUAUUUACAUUGGAUGGAGAUCUCCUGAGUACUCCUGGGAUUGCUUCCGACUUGGAGAUGCGUCCAAGUGUUUCUGUGGACACCUACUGAAUGAACACAAGAGUUACUCAGGUAUCAGUGUGCGGGUGCCCUGUGCUGCCCAGUCGUGUAAAUGCAAAGCCUUUGCCUUCAUUCCUUCUCGACCAGAGGAAGCUGGUGAAUUCUGGUUAAAGAAAAGACCAGGCUUCGACCCAGCUGCUUGGAGAGCAAUGUGCAGAUGUAAACAUUCUCAUGAGGAACACGACCCAACAAAUAGCCAUGCUUGCAAGAAAAAAGGUUGUCGAUGUCAACUUUUUGAAUCCAGCUUUGUCUGUGCCUCUUGCGACAGGCAUUGGGAACAACAUGAAACAUUUUUUGAUACAGAGGACUCGAGAAAGAAAUCUGGCCUUCCAUAUGGGGAGGCAUACUUGCCCUUUGCUGAGAUGCCAAACCUGCGAAAUGCUGUCUUGACUGGCAGGGAGGGAGACGAUUCUGCUUUCAAAUCAAUUACAAAAGCCUUGCCAUCUUCAGUGAACCAGACUUCACAAUGAACAUAAUUGAGAUCUUUUAUUUAACAUCAUGUAAUCAAAGAAACUACAAAAUUAUAUUGCAAAAGUCUACUGGAAGCCAUAAUAGUAGUAUAGUAUUUCAUGUUAGAUUUCAACAUGUCACAAUUUAAAAAUGUUGCCCUGUUUUUCGUUAAGUAUAUGGAAAACUACAAAGUGGUAUGUCAAGGCCGUAGCCAGAUAUGAGGCACCUGAGGCACGGCCCUCGGUUAAAAUCAUACCAAUCGUUAUUUAUUCAGGCUCUCUUACAUGUUGCUUUGACGCAAAAUAAAAUACAUUCCAUCCCUCGUUGUGUGCAUGCGUUAAUUCCCAAGUCCCGCUGAUAUCUACAGCCUCUGUGCUCUUCAAAAUCUUUUAUUGUCAUUGCAGACUACAGCGACACCGCUCAGUUCACACCACCAUAGCAGUUAAACGUGUUGGAGAAGGUUUCAAAACAACCAAGGUUUAUUAGCGACUUUCAAGGUGAGGCAAAGUAAUAAUGUUGAUUAGUAAUACCUACAUAUCAGCCUAAUAAUAAGGAAUAAUAAUAAAUCCCCCUGGUAGUCCGCUGUUUAGCAAACCCAUUUUAUUAAUAUUCAAAUUCUAAACUGCUAGUAGAAGCAGCUUGUAAACUGCAGUUUAGCGGACCCAGCUUAUGCAAAUUGUAACAAUUCUAACAAUAGUUUAAUGCAGUCGUUCCCAACCCUGAUCCUGUGGACCCCCUGUGUCUGCUGGUUUUCAUCCAAGCUCUCAAUUACUUAACUAGACCGUUAAUUGGACUGAUAAUUUGCUCAAUUAGACUUUUUAAAAUUGUUUUCAGUUUUCAACUCCCCAGUAAUGUUGUUGAAGCUGACACCCUAGGAUCCUUCAAGAUGCUGCUUGAUGAAAUUCUGGGAUCAAUAAGCUACUAACAAUCAAACGAGCAAGAUGGGCUGAAUGGCCUGCUCUCGUUUGAAAACUUUCUUAUGUUCUUAACUGUUUAAGAGCUGACAGCAAUUAAAAAGGUGUAAUUAAGCAAAUGAUCAGUUAAAUGAAGGGUCUAGUUAAGUAAUUAAGAGCUCAGUUGGAAUGAAAACCAGCAGACACAGGGGGUCCCCCGGACCAGGGUUGGGAACCACUGGUUUAGAGGACCCAGGUUGUGAAUAUUAUGACAUCGUUUUAGGUAGGGGUUUGGGGGCCUGUCCUCGACAGACACAGAAACUUGUUAUGCGUAAAUGCCUCUGUGAUUAUUCAUGGCUGGCUAUGGCCCUGUGUGUAAUUCAAUAUAUUAACGUAACAUUAUUCAGCAGGUUUCAUUCGACAUUAUGAAGAUAAAUUUGUUCAUUAUAUAGGGUGAUGCAAAACAUUUGGCCAUAGCUGUAUAUUUAAAUACUAAAAUGACUACCUGGUACAGUACUGUAUCUCCCCUCGUUUCAACCAAAUAAAAUAGAUGACAUCUCCAAUCGAACACACAGUACAUAAAACCACAAAGGUUUCAAGUGUAAAAGCAAAGCCCUAAAACCAAUUGAAGUCUGAGUACAUGUCCAUCUUGUCCUUAAAAUUAAACAAGUAAACAUCUUUCAGUACAAGAUCAAGAAUAAUACCCUAACAUUGUUAGGUGCCGUCAACUUGCUUACAUUGAUAAAAUUAACAGCAAUCCUUAAUGGCUUAAAAAAAAAAAAAAA